AAACCUUUUCAUGUAUAAACAAUGAAAUGUACAGUGAUUCUCCAGCCUCUGUCCAAUCUUCUACCUGCUGUGUAGGGGUGGUGAGAAAGCAGUUGCCUAGGAUCACAGGCCAAAAGUUGGAUGAAAGUGAGCCACAUAGAGAGGGGGGAAAAAACAUCCUGGGCCCGAGACUCGCGCGAUAGCCCGCCUUCUCACUGAGGUCGGAGGGAGUUGCUGACCCACGUUCGUCCCAGUCGCUCCAGCCGCGCAUUUUCUCAGCGUUCAGCUCCCUACAGACGUGUUAGUGGCGGGCCUCGACCAAUGGUGACACAGCGUCGUGAGAGCAGCAGCCAAUCAGCAGCUAGGAGCCCGGAAAAGAGCAGGGCCGAGGUAGCAGCUGCUGGCGCUUGCCAGAGAAGGGCGAGCGGCGCGGUGGAGCGCUGCGGAAGAGGUUUUGGUAUGAACAGGAUUCGGAUUCACGUCUUGCCAACCAAUCGGGGGAGGAUCACCCCAGUGCCCAGGUCUCAGGAGCUCCUGUCUUGUUCGUUUACUCAUCGCCCGUGCUCGCAACCUCGCCUGGACGGCCAGGAGUUUUGCAUUAAGCAUAUCCUUGAAGACAAGAAUGCACCCUUCAAGCAGUGUAGUUAUAUAUCAACAAAGAAUGGAAAGAGAUGUCCCAGUGCUGCCCCAAAACCUGAGAAGAAAGACGGGGUGUCCUUCUGUGCUGAACAUGCCCGUAGGAAUGCCUUAGCACUUCAUGCUCAAAUGAAGAAGACCAACCCAGGGCCUAUGAGUGAAACACUCUUGUGCCAGCUGAGCGCAUAUGCUAAGACAGAACUGGGCUCUCAGACUCCAGAAAGUAGCCGCAGUGAAGCCAGCCGAAUACUGGAUGAAGACAGCUGGAGUGAUGGGGACCAGGAACCCAUUACUGUGGAUCAGACAUGGAGAGGUGACCCUGACAGUGAAGCUGAUAGCAUAGACAGUGAUCAAGAAGAUCCCCUAAAACAUGCUGGUGUCUACACGGCUGAAGAAGUGGCCCUGAUUAUGCGGGAGAAGCUGAUUCGUUUGCAGUCUUUGUACAUUGAUCAGUUUAAACGACUUCAGCAUUUGCUGAAGGAGAAGAAGCGUCGAUACUUACAUAAUCGAAAAGUGGAACAUGAAGCUUUAGGUAGUAGUCUCCUUACUGGCCCAGAGGGACUUUUGGCCAAAGAACGAGAGAACUUAAAGCGAUUAAAAUGUCUUCGACGGUAUCGCCAACGCUAUGGAGUAGAAGCCUUGCUACACAGGCAGCUAAAGGAACGCAGAAUGCUGGCCACAGAUGGUGCCGCCCAACAGGCCCAUACCACUCGUUCUAGUCAGAGGUGCUUGGCCUUUGUGGAUGAUGUUCGUUGUUCCAAUCAGUCUCUCCCAAUGACCAGACACUGCCUUACCCAUAUUUGUCAGGAUACGAAUCAGGUUCUCUUCAAAUGCUGCCAGGGAUCUGAAGAGGUACCUUGCAACAAACCAGUUCCUGUAAGCCUCUCUGAGGAUCCCUGCUGUCCACUGCACUUCCAGUUGCCUCCUCAGAUGUAUAAGCCCGAGCAGGUACUGUCUGUGCCAGACGAUCUGGAAGCCGGCCCCAUGGAUCUGUACUUGAGUGCUGCUGAGCUUCAGCCCACUGAGAGUUUACCACUGGAGUUCAGUGAUGACUUGGAUGUUGUUGGUGAUGGUAUGCAGUGCCCUCCUUCACCCUUGCUUUUUGAUCCUUCAUUAACCCUUGAAGAUCAUUCAAUCAAAGAAAUUGCUGAAGGCCCAGUGGAUAUCUUGGGCCAGAUGCAAAUGGUUGGAGAUGGUUACAGGUCCCAGGGAUCUCGAAAUUCUGAGAAAGCCUGUGCACCAUUGCCUCAAAGUGGAUUGGCUACUGCAAAUGGAAAACCAGAAUCCACUCCUAGCAGUUGACAGUUUGUUCUGGGAACCAUAUGACUUCCGUGGAUUUCACUUUCCCAUUCACAUUCCCAUUCAGUAUCUCUGAUCAUCUCUCACUAAACAGGGGCAACCCAGUUGUUUUGUUCUGGGUUAUAGAAUGCCGUAGUUAAAUAAAACCAUACUUAGGGGGAUGGGCCAGUAGUGUCAAAGUUGUGUUUCUUUCCACCAUGGGCAAGGAAGAUAGGGAUUACCUAUCUCUGAAAUUCAGUAUUUGGGACUGUGCCAAAGGGGAAAGUGAUUCUUUGUAAUGGGAUUUCUUAAGUCACAGACAGAAAUCCACAUAGAUGAUUAGGUGAGGGUUGUUUUUAUAAAUGGUGCCGUUGAGAUAUUGGUCUCCCCAGUGCCUGGUUAUCUUUAUCUAAAGGCCUACAGUUUAGCUUUUCCUCAUCUCCACUUAAUUGAACAGUUUGCACCCUUUCUCCAGUGAACUCCCAUCCUUAUCCUGAGACAUUUAAGGACUGGGCCCACCUUAACUAUUCAUCUUGCUUGUAAUCUAUGUAAAUUUCUGCAGUGGCUAUCUUAUGUAAAAUAUAGUAAAAAUUUAUUGUAUAUAGUUUCUAUUAAAUGUUAAAAUGUUAUGAAAAUGUAAAACAGUUGCGUGAAUUGAAUGCAUGUUUUGUUUGUAUUUGAAUGUAUGUCUUAUUAGGGAGCUGUCUUUGGGAGAUGGAAAAUGAGGCAGGUAUAGUUCUGUCCCGGGGAAUAAAUAAAUUUUUAGUACCUCAGUUUGGUAUCAAGAAUAAGGUAAAAAC